CAGAAAGACACGGGUGAUAAGCCUGCGUGCUCUAACACACCCUGAUUUAGCUCCACACACUAAAUAAGUCUCAGUGAAAGAAUGUCCUGCAUGGGUCAAGUCAGUCUCCUGAUGAGAUGCGCAUAGAGGCUACAGCCUGGGCCAUUUCUCCGCGGUGCGUAAAGCUCUCUGGGUGUCUGCUGCGGGCUGGAUGUCCCUUCACAUGUUGGAUUUAGCUGUGCAGGAUUACUUGGUGGAUCAGCGGAUUGUCCGAAAAGCUGGUGCAGCAACUUUUCCCUGCAUAUUUCCCCCCACCAGAAUAUGUCGUUGACCAACACAAAGACGGGCUUUUCUGUAAAGGACAUUUUGGACCUUCCUGACACAAAUGACGAAGAAGGAUCUAUCACCGGAGCGGAGGAAGACACGGAGGGAUCGGAGACCACGUCCACGACAAAAAACACUGGAGUUUUGGUGCAAAGUCCUCUAGAAAACGUUCAAAAUCUGCCUUUAAAGAACCCCUUUUAUGACAGUAAUGACAAUCCUUACACACGAUGGCUUGCUACUACGGACAGUAUUCAAUAUUCAUUGUUUCUCCCGUUUCUUGCCGCAGUGCACGGUCUGUCCGCCAGCUCUCAGGACUCGGCCAAGUCCCCGGAGCCGUCCGCGGACGACGAAUCGCCGGACAACGACAAGGAAACUUCCAGCAGCGGCGGCAGCGACUCCGGAAAGAAACGGAAAAGGAGGGUGUUGUUUUCCAAGGCGCAAACCUACGAGCUGGAGCGUCGCUUCAGGCAGCAGAGGUACCUGUCCGCCCCGGAGAGGGAGCACCUGGCCAGCCUGAUUCGCCUCACCCCGACCCAAGUGAAGAUCUGGUUCCAGAACCACCGGUAUAAGAUGAAGAGAGCCCGGGCCGAGAAAGGUAUGGAAGUGACCCAUCUCCCUUCUCCCAGGCGGGUGGCCGUGCCCGUCUUAGUCAGGGAUGGAAAGCCUUGUCACACUCUUAAAGCUCAGGACUUGGCGGCCACUUUUCAGGCCGGGAUCCCCUUCUCGGCUUAUAGUGCCCAGUCACUCCAACACAUGCAGUAUAACGCGCAGUACAGCGCCGCGGCCACGCCACAGUUCCCAGCACAUCACUUGGUGCAAACGCAACAGUGGACUUGGUGAGAGAAAUUAUAGAGACUUGGCUUGGAGGCACGGUAGGGAGUUUCACCACAAAGCAAAGAAAAAAAAUAAAACGCAAAAAACAAAAGACUUUUCAUUUUUGCAGCUUGACUCAUAUAUAUAUACUACCAUUUUUAUUCGGGGCUCAUGUGUGCGCCGUGUUUACAUGUUUUCGUUAAGAGAACUGGGUCCGAACCUCUCCCUUAUAGAUUUUAUUGAGAAUGUCAAUGCUCUUCUUGUGAAUUUUUUUGUAAAAUAUGUUGUGUGUUGGUUGUAGAGAUGUUUUUCUCUUCUUUUUUUUUCUUUUGUCCCUUCGUGUUAUUAUCAGCACGUACGAACCACUUUAUAAUUAUAGAAAUUUUAAUUUCUUGCUUCUUUUAUGGACCGAAAAAAAUAUUUAUGGCCAUGAAUAAACACUGGCAACUUUGCAGCUAUUUUCCUUUUGUUUUUAUUUCCUGUAAAUAUUUUGUGGCAAAUGUUUGCAACCUAGAGAGCUUUAGGGAGCUUAAAGCUGAAGAUUGGCCUCUAUAUAUUUACACAUUUUAAAAACAACGGGGGAGGGAUUUUUGGCAAAACGUUGUGACACAUUAUGUAAAUAACAGUGUAGCCGCGCGGUGUUGGCUAAAUAUCCCACAUUUUUUAUAAGGAUUUUAAAAUAAAAUGCUGUGUUUUUGAAAAGAGGGUUUGGUUCAUAUAAGUGUCCAUAUUCGAUUUGAUCAUCUCUGAAAAACAUCUAAACAUCACAAUGAAAGGCGAGGAGCUAAACACUAUAUUACAGACAGAAUGGAGCUUGACUCUGAGAAUAAAUCUCUAGCGCACUUCAGUUCUUUAUUUUAAGGCAAAUUUAAUCCGGAGAAUAUUUUUUCCCCAAUCCGAACACCUCACUAAUAAAGAGCCUAAAGUCACUUGUGCAAUGGGACUAAAAUCCACUCACUUAAUAUAAGAGGGCUUCUUCACAUAAGAACCUUUUGAGUCAAAAGCUCUCCUUUUUGUCAGCAUUCCCACUCCCGGCCUUGGGCGUAAAGUGGCAGACUCUGGGGGAGGGAAAUCGUUUUAAUGCAAUAAAUGUUUUGUUAUCUUGUUAAGCGCUAAACUGCAAAUAGAGCAGGAAUAAUCAAUGAGUCACCAGUCUUCUUUGUUUGACCACGGCCAACGGUCAACUAAAAUACGCACGGCUUAGAGGGGCUUUAACCGCCUAAUAAAGUUACUUUUCAUAUGAUCAUAUAACGUGUAAGCAAUGGCAUUCCACAUUAAACUAGACUUUACUCUAAUAGUCACCAUCGUCUUUAAGGCGAAACCAAAACAAGCACAAAUGGCUCCCUAGUGAUCCGUAGCGCACUGCGGAUUAUCAGAUCCGGUCAAUAUCUUGGGUAAAUAUGAUAACCUAGUAGAAAAAUCUAUGCAUUAUGUUUGUCCCGGGACAAAAAUCCCACAACAGAUGUUAGAGUCGCCCCUAUCAUCACUGAACAAACAGCCAAAUUGGACAGAUUUGCUAAUUAUUUACAGAAUUAAGUCUCGAGGGGCUACUGCUUUUGUGGGCGACGCAGACUCAAUUUGUCCCGGACAGAAAGGUUUUGUGUUUCAACACUGGUUGAGCGUGUAGGUCAAAUAAAUCAGUUGUUUGCUUAUGUUUUUUCGUUUUAAAUUUAUGUGUGGAUAAACAAGAAAUUACGCGUUGCUUAUAUCGCGCCAAUCAUCACCUAAAGCAUGUGAAGUUUGAGAAGAAAUACGAUAUGAGACGGGAAUUAUGAAGUAUAUUGCCAGAGGCGGUUAUGAAGGACUGGUUGUGAUUGGAUGUUGUGGGUGAUAUUCUGGCUUCUUAAAAAAACAAACGGAACAAAUGGGACUUAAGACAGAUAUUUAAAACCUCAUUGAAAAAUGUAGACCUUUGUGUGGCUCUUUGCCUCCAGAUUUUGCCGCUGUGAUGAGACAGUUUUUUGACUCUAUCAUUGCAUAAUACAGUACACGACACAACAGUAUAGACACAAAAGCCCAGGCCUGGUUUUGCUGAAUGUUAGAGGCGUGCAUAACGAGCAGCAGCAGCAGGAGAGGGACUGCAGAGAGUGUAGAUAGAGAGACUGACAGACAGAGUUUCUUGGUGCUGUUCAGAGUCAGGGAGAUGUAUCCUUGGGCUUUUUGUCCUGCCUGUCACUUGGUGCCAUUGUGAUCUUUGCUGCACACGUUGUAUCCCAUAUGGGCAGCUGGGCUCGGACAAGGAGAAAAGGAGCUCUCACAAACCCCAAAUUGUAUCAAGCUUUCAAAUAAAGCAUUGUUGUCUCUCAAAGAAAAACGAAUUAAAAAUUCGUGCUAUAUCUAUUCUGGUAAAAAAAGAAGAAGCCCCAUUCACAGAUAACAGGGAGUCCUUCUUCCUUGAUAGAGCUAUGCCAACAACAGCCUUCUCAUUUCUCUUUCCCCUCUCUCCCCCGUUCUCCAGAGUGAAAGGCGGAUUAUUGUCUGUCCAAAAAAAAAAGUAGCUCGUCACAGCGCGAAAAAACUAUUUUUAAUACCAGACAGUGUUCUUCCUUAUUUGCUUUGAGUUCCGCUGGUAUACGUAGGCGUGUUUCUAAAAUAGAAUGGGUCCCUUUUUCGAGUCUGUUUUAUGGAUUUUCCGCAUCAGGUGUAAAACCGAGCUCCUGCAAACAUUCUAAAGAUUAGAUUUCACAAAUUUCACUUUGUUGUAAAUUAGCCUAUACCAAGGCGCUUUUCGUGCUGGUAGCAAUUAUAGAAUAUGCCAAUUAAUUAAUUAAUCUAUGAGGUAAAUGUUGAAGCUUCCAUUCGCAUUCUAAUUGCAUUGUGUGUCAGAUGAUCUGAAAGUGAUGCUGUAGGAUGCAGAUGUUUUUCCAUGGGAACCAACACUGGUGAUACUGGCAGGUGUUUAGUGGACUAAUGCGCCAAGAUUGACUCCUGUUGGAAAAAUUGAAGUCAUGAAAAUGGCUCUUUUAUUUUUAAAUGUCAUGUUUUAUCAUGCAUUUAUAUUUGGAUAUCUUUUGUAUUUUAUUAUACCUUUCACACAGCAACCCCCUUAAAAUUUAAAGCAUACUGAGCCUGUGAGUCCCCACAUUUAAUUUAGAUUUAAACCCUUUUUUAGGUCAACCCAAAAAAGAUGGAUUUGUGCAUUCAGUCAAGCUCUGUUGCUAAACCGCGUUAAAAUAAAAAACAAAUAUCACCUAGCGUAAGAACCUUUCAUGAUAAACUUCUACGGUGAACAAGUUUCGCUUUGCAACCGUAUAUUGUCAUUAACGCACCAGAAAAUUAUCCCACCCCUCUACCAGCUCAGCAACAGGGUCAGAUUUAUGGGAAAUUGCUUUUGGCUGCUUGAAGGGAUAAAACAGGCGACAUUAAAACAAGCAUCUUGGCGUGCAGCAUAGUUCAACCUGCGUGGAUAACACUAUUAUAUACCUUGGAAUACAAUACUUGAGGAAAUGUGCACUUGGGACACCAUGGAUCUUCGUCAUCCUGCCCAUUUGAACCUCGACAUGAAUCGUUUUCUAUCGUGCACAUCGCCAAAUAAACGAGGAUUUCAAAGCUGUAAUAAGCGGUGCUUUUCAUUUAAAGGAAGCUAUCUGGGUUUUAUUGCCUUAAAGGAGAUCCAGAUUAGAUUCGCCACAGUGCCGAUAUUAAAGAAAGAGGGAGUGAUGGUUGGGAGGGAGGGAGGUGGAGGCAGAGGAGGAAGUGUUGCGCCAAGCUGCCACAAGAUGGAAGCAGAGGUCUUUAGUUGGCGUCAUGCGGCGUUUACCGGCACAUGUCCAACAGCCCAACUUCAUCUGACUCCAGCACUGCAAGUGACUGCCACUCAAUGACACUGCAACUGCUGAAAUGAAAGUGUUUUUUUUUUUUAAAUUUUUAUUAUUAUUAUUUUUUUAACAGACAUCCACACUAACUCACUUGACCAUCUUUUUAAAUGCAUGAUCGAUGUUCAUGACAUUGUUAUGGAUCUUAAGAGGCUAAUCAUAUCGCUCCCAAUAACGAAGUAGGCUAGACUUAACGUAAAAAGUGUGCAGGCAUUUAACACUGUUUCCAUUUCCGAGAGAGAGAGAGAGAGAGAGAGAGAGAGAGAGAGAGAGAGAGAGAGAGAGAGAGAGAGAGAGAGAGAGAGAGAGAGAGAGAGAGAGAGAGAGAGAGAGAGAGAGAGACUGGGUUUUUCCACGGUGUGGCGCAAUAGGAUAGGGGGACAAAUAGGGUGCAGAUUAAUUCACAUCAGUGAAAGGGAACAAUGGAGCUGAAGUGAGGUUUUUCCAAAGUCCCAGCUAGUGUCCUCCACAACAAAGAAGACUUUGAGUCCCCAGCAAUAUAAAAAAAAAACUGCAUCCGUAUCACUGUUAUUUCUUUUCUUUUGUGAAAGGCAUCAUCUCUAGCUAAACAUGACCACACAUAUCCUCUUGAAGCACCUAAGUGAAACAGAGGAUCAGUGGAGUCUGAUUGCUUCAUUUAAAAACAAAAACAAAAUACUUAUAAUCUUAUACUUGGUACCUAGAAUCUACUACCUUGUAUUAUUUACAUGUCUAUCACGUCCUGCACUGUCCUACUAGGCUGCAAAGUGCCUGAGCAACAUCAUCUCCUCAUGCGGAGAGGAAGUAUGCAAAGCACUGCAAAAUGGGUCAAAUGACAAAAUAAAAGGCUACCAUCUUUGUGCACCUGCUCAGUUCAGCAUCAGUGAGCUUGCACCUGUAGGGGGCCUCAUUGGGUUAGAAAGAGGCAGCAGCAGGGGGUGGGGGGAUGCUGAGCACGAAGGGAGUGAAAAAAGAAGGAAAGACAUCUUUAAUCUGCAAGAGUUUUUGAUCACUUUAAUAAGGCUGGUGUGGAGAAACAAAUACACAGAGAGAACAAACAGCUUCUUCACAGGACAGCACAAUCACAUCAAGAUACUAAUAUUUCAAAAUCUGGUUUAGGAUUUCUUCUCUUUAAUUAUUUUUGAUUUGGGAAUGCAGAAAUGGACUUCUCAAAAUCUCAUGAAAUAUCUCCAAGAGAUAAGGCACGUUGCUGCGUGUGUGAACCAGAGCGAAGCCACACAGCCAAUCCACAAGUUUACUCAGUGGGACAGAGCAUCUGCAGAGCAUUGUUCAGAUCAGCCUCCCGUCUGCAUGAGAAGAAGCCGGUGAACACACACACCAUGUCUCUGUGGUUUAAUCAAGGAAAAAACAGAAGAGUUGCAGCUUGAUGGCAGUUUUUCUGUGGAGCUUAAGGAAAGAGAGAAAGAUACCCACAUUAUCUUUGAACAUCUACGGCUUUUGUCAUGUUGUGUUCAUAACCUGAAUUAAAAUAGGAUUCUUUAUGUUACUGCAUCCAAUUUGAAAGCAGAUGAUAGUCAUUGAUAUUACACCUGCAACAGUCUGCAACCAGUCUGUUUAUUUUACGACAAAUAAGGAGUUAAAUAAUCAUUGUUGUAUUGUGUUUUUUCAAAUGCAUUAACAAUUCUUCGAUGGCUUUUAAUUAUAUUUAAUUGAUGGAAUUAUUACCCCUCCAUCUGCUUACAAUUCAUGUCCUUGUCUCUCGGGAUCCUAUACAAAAAAACUGUGAUCCUUAUUUGGCAGUUUAGUUGGAAUUGAGUGGGAGAAUAUACAGGGGAAUAAAAAAGACCAAAUUUAGUUUGUGGAAUUGAAAGUAGAAAAUCUUCUGGUAAACUCAUGAUCAUAAAAAUAUUUUGUCAUGCAGUUUUCUUUUCCUCAUAUACUACAUCUGUAUGACAUGUAUCAUUCAAAUCAUUUGCAUGCAUCCAACAAAUAAACAUCCUGAUAACAAUGUUUAAUUGCUUUUACAAUUUACUCUCCUGCUUCUUACUCUGAUGUGUCAUACAAUUUGCUUUCAGCUCCUUUUUCUCAUCAGCUGUGUACAAUGUUGCUCUUUCACACGCAGUUAAAACAUGGCUGAGAGAACAUGUAGAACCCAUUUUCUAAAGUGUCCUUGUCUCCAUGUAAGGGCAUUUUCAAAGACUUUAAGUGUAAGUAAAUCUAGAAGAUGUUUCUUUUAGCUCAUCUGAUGUUCCGAGAUUGAAACCGAGGUAAAGCUAUAUGGCAGGACAGACUAACGUGCUCCAUUUAGUGUGACAUUUUUUUUUUAUUACUAAAAUGCUAAAAUUUAACAGAGUCAGUGAUCUUAUAAGGGCCUUUUAUGGAAAUAAACUUCCAUUCUCGCUCAUUUGGACAGGACAGAACAUGCAAUAGUGUUUUGCUGUGUGGAGACGCUGAUAGUGCAGUUCUUAAAUUGUGCUAGUAAUAGGUCUGAGUUUAAAGUACUGGAGAUGAGCAGCAGCCAGUUUAGAGUCAUCUCUGUGAGAAAGCUGUGAGUGUCAAGGUUCUUGACUUUGCUGAAUGUUGAGAUUAGGAAAACAACAGAGUCGGCAGAGUAUUAUGAUCUGAUCUGGUAGCCUGUUCAGACAGAGCAGCUUUUUUUUUUUCUUCUUUCUUCCCAGGUACUUUUCUCCACCUGUCUACUAGUAAUCCACGACUGCAGCCAUGUAAAUAAAUAUCAUGGUGAAUGAAAUAAAGGACUACAGAAAAUCACAUUGGCUAUUUGUUGUGGUCACUUUUGUCUACAGAGUGGGUUUAUAAUAUAUUGGAAGGCCGUUUCAAAGUUAUUGACAUGAUGAAUGUAUCAAUAGGAACACAGCUUCAUAGCUUCAUUAUUCAUUUAAAAACAUAAGAUCUCACCAGGUGUAUUCAGUAUAUAUCUUGCUUUAUUUCAUCAUCAUUUAUCUUCUGUACUCUAUGUAUUUCUCUGAGAGUCAAUGACAAAGCAAUGGGACAGUCAGUGUAAAAAA